UGGCAGAUGCUGAGGAGAGAGAAGCAGGACAGAAAAAAAACAACAACCUGCCUUGAGCAUCUUGGAACGGUGCCGUCCGGUCACCGCUUCUGGAUGAGAUGUGGCAAAUAGUUUGACUGAGGUUUCAUCCGAUUUGCGUUUUUUGGGACGCGCAGUCUAACAACUUAAGUCGAUGAACGCAAGCGUUCAGUCUUUGGAGGAUUUCACUCCAGUCCUGGACGAGUUCUCCUGCGGCGUUUCAAACUGAAUCUGGAGCAUGAAAAGAAACUGAGCAACGCCGGGUAAAUAAGAAGGAAGGAAAGAAAGACAGAAAAAUCUUGCCCAGUAGAGUGCCCUUCCCUGUAUGUGGUGGGUGAGAUGAACUCCAGUGGGAAUACUGUAGACCCCACCUGACAGCCCUCUGCCUGAGCAACUGAAGGAUUUUCACGGGAGAUUCCACAAACCCGAGCCUGGAUUAAAAUAAAAAGCAGUUUGCCCAACAUCCAAAAGGUUAUGCCUCUUUUUAACGAAGAUAUUUAAAAUAUUUAUAAGAUGUAUUAUCUUUAGGUAGGGUCAAAGCCCUCAGACUCUGUGAACCAAAUGAAAGUAACAAAUAAGAGAAUACAAAACAAAUGAACUGAAUACCAAGGAAUGGAAAAUCCUAUUCGCCAUUUUCCCCCUGACUUCAGAUUUUGUCCUACUCCUGACUCCUGAAGUGUUUGAAUUCUCUGUCCCUUUGAAGUCCCUACAUUUCUCCUCUCCACCUUCUCCAUUCAGUAGCUAAUUUCUACCUGGCGUUCAGUCUGGCCGGCACAACCAUUCCAGCUAAAGGGGAGGAGGACUUCCUCACGCUGGCCGCCUCACGGCUCAGCCGAAAGAAACGGGUCAUCGGGGCUGGAGUCGGCGUGGCAAUGGUCCUGGUCCUGCUGGUGGCCAUUCCCCUAUUGGUUCACACCACCAAGGGGGGAGGGUCGGGAGGAGGGGGCACACAUUACGAGAUGCUUGAGAGCUGCAAGGUGGUCUGUGACACUUACACUCCCCCACAGGGUGAGCUGACAGCCGUCUCCCCUCAGCCCCCAGACUCGCAAACCCGCAAGGGCAAACAAGGGCUGAGAGGACUUCCUGGUUCUCCAGGACCAAAAGGGCCCCCUGGAGAGCCUGGUAAGCCUGGCCCACCUGGUCCGCCAGGGCCUGGACCUGGUGGUUAUGGCUCUUCCUUCUACAGUCCAAAAAUAGCCUUCUAUGCCGGCCUCCGGAAACAACACGAAGGGAGCGAAAUACUGAAAUUUGAUGACGUGGUGACCAAUGUAGGGAACUACUACGAGCCGAGUACCGGCAAGUUCACCUGCCCCCUGCCAGGCAUCUACUACUUCACCUACCAUGUCCUAAUGAGAGGAGGGGACGGGACCAGCAUGUGGGCAGAUUUGAAGAAGAACGGACAGGUGAGGGCCAGUGCAAUCGCUCAAGAUGCAGAUCAGAACUACGACUACGCCUCCAACAGCGUCAUCCUGCACCUGGAUGUGGGGGACGAAGUGUGUGUACAGCUGGACGGGGGGAAAGUUCACGGGGGAAAUACCAACAAAUAUAGCACGUUCUCUGGCUUCCUCAUCUACCCCGACUGACAGUAUAUUCACAUUCUUAAACUCGUAUUCUCUCUCUCUCUCUCUCCGUAAACAAGCAAAAAGUUUCCUUCUUUCAUCUAACACUUUUCCAUAAUGUCAUUUCACUGCUGUUCAGUACAUGAAACAUAACAUGGCUGUAGUUAAUAAAUAGAGUUUUAAGAGAACUUGUGUAAAAUAUGAAUAUAGUACUGUAUAUAUUACUAGAUCACAUUUACUUCUGACACACAUGUCUGUGUUGUCAUUAUUCUGUGCCAUGUACAGUAUGUGUACCGCAUUGGUAAAACACACCUUUCUUUCACAUAAACCGUAAACCAAUCACAUUGCCUGCUGUCUUACACACAGGUGUGCACACGGUAAAUGAGCUCCAGUUGUUCCUCUGAGACAGGAUGUCCACUUCAGUCAGCAGUCUGAAAAUGGACUGAAAUGAUAUCUGAAUGUAAACCGUCAACCCAAGCAUGUAUCUGGCUGCAGCCUCUCGCCUUCACUGUGAGAUGGAUUUUCAAUAUAGCUGCAGACGCCAAACAACACAAGUUAUACAUAUAUUGAUCUCAGCUGAUGACACAGCCAACGUCACAGUAAUCCAAGAGUGUUGUAUGCAUGUGUUCAUGUUCCUGUGUGUGUAAGCAUAUAUGUGUGUGUUGACCCUCCGGUUUGUGCUGAGGUUUAUAAAGAUAUACUACUGUUAGCAGGUCACUGAGAAAGGGUUGGUAACGGUCCCUUAACACACACACACAGUAUAUAUCAAUACUGAGGUUUGGCUGUGAGAUUUACCCAGAGAUUCAUCAUAGCCUGUUAAUGAGCUGAGAAUUCUUUCACAGUGUCACACACCAACCAUGCCUCCAUAGUUACUGAAAUAGUUUAAGAAACACAAUACACCCUCUAGCUGUCUUGCGUCUGUGAGUUGAGGUGAUUGCUUUUAUGGUUUAUAAUAGAGAAAAAGGGUGGCACAGCAGCUUGGUGAGGGAGUUUGCAUGUUCUCCCUGUGUCUGUGUGGGUUUUCCUCCCACCUCCAAAGACAGUUAGGUUAAUUAGGUUUAUUGGUGACUCUAAAUUGACCCUAGGUGUGAGUGUGAGUGCAAAUGGCUGUUUGUCUCUGUGUUAACCCCGCGAUAUGGAUAGGUUCCAGCAACCCCUGAAUAAGCGAUAGUAGAAGAUGAGAAUAGAGAAGAAGUGCUUUUUAUUUCCCAGUGUUCCAUUGUUCAAGUGGUAACAAUGGUGUAAAGGGGGAAAAUUAAAUUCAAUAAGCUGUAGCGAUGAUAGUAGAAGAACAACUUUCGCAACAAAAGGUGGUACCAAGUUGAACUAAUCUCAACCAUGAGGCGACUCACCUAAGGCAACAUCCAAUGGUAGCGUCAAUCACACAGUUUCCCACACUGUUGUGUUUACCACAAGGAAACAGUGUCCGUGGCUUCCUGCCAGUAAAGUCACUAUGCUGAUAGUGGGCAUAUUAGAGAGGGUCAGCUAGACAACCACAGUCUGGAAGAAAAAUGACCGACUGUGUGUUAUAAAGGGAUGGUCAAUAAACAAAUGACAUUCUCAGAGGGAACACCAACAUUUUCCUCAGAUAUUACAAAGAAACUGCCAAUAUAUUUAACGUAUCAUUGUUCAUGUUUUGGAAAAUGUUACUUAAUGCGUCAUUACUCAUGAAGUCAAGCCUCAAGGUGCCUUCACAUUAUGUCAAAAGUUACAAAUUGGUCAGCGUUGCCAGCAACAUUGUUGUCACACAUCACUCAACUGACCAUCAAGUUUGGAGGGGGUGAUGACUAAAGGCUGUUACAUACUCUGCAAGAAGUGAGUUGUUGUUCUUGCUCCUAGAGCUGCGAGAACAAAAUGACAUCCCUCACCUGGGAGUUCUUGCAGCUUGUUCUAAACACAUCAGAACUUUUCUGUGAGUGGCCAGAAAUUGAAGUGGGUGUAGUUAGCACUGUGAGUUCCCAGAUGCUAAUAUUCAUUGUGUGACCGCUAAUCUCUCCUGGGUAGGCGUACUGUGUGUGGAUGCAUGUUGAAUGAACAACGUGAUCUAACAAACAUGUUUGUCAAAGUAAUUGGCCGACAUCCUAAAAAUAAUAGGAAAAGUGCACGUCCAUCUCCCUUAUCGCCCUAAGGAUUAUGGCGUGUGACGUAUGCUACAGUGGGGAGGCCCUAUGAGGACAUCCCAGAUCUCGGCACUUCAGUUUCUCGUAAAGUAUAAAUUACUUGGUCAAUACGAACUUUCUUCUUGUUCUUGCAGUCCUACGAACGAGAACACAUUUCUUGCUUCUCACAUAGUAUGUAAUAAGCUUAAAGGGUGUUAAAGGGCGCAGCCCUCGUUUGGGAGUUCAGCUUGUUCUUGACACAUCAACCGGGCACAACUUUUUUUCUCGUGGUGUGUCAACUAUUCACCACUUGAGUUUCUUGUGACCUGGCCAACCUUGAGAGCAAGAACAAAUUUCUUGCUUCUCAAGGUGUAUGUAACAAGCUUAAAUAUAAUAUGGGAAGUGGGUGAAGCAAACACAUUUGAUUGGCUGACACAUGCAAUGCCAGAGGAGUGACCAAAAAAGUUGAAGCCCGCUCAACUUUCAUGACGUUCGUCUCGCCUGACAUGCAGGAACAAGUGUUUUCUCACUGCCAGUGUGAACGCACCAUUAGGGCCACAACUCACCGAGCUGACAGUAAAUAUGGACCAUGCAGAAAAUAAAUGUUACACUUACAAGGUUAUGAAAAGCACAAGAGAGUUCCUAUGGACUUUUCUCAUGAACAAGGUAAAAAACAACGCUAUUAGAACUAAGCAGUUAUUUGGUCUUGUUAAAAGUAGUAUUUAUUUCUACUUGGUCCAUAUAUAACUGGUGGGCUUUUUGAUUUUUAAGCUACCAAAGGUUACUCUAAUUACCAACUCAUCACAAUAUUUGCACAGUAAAAAUGUACACGAAAAGUAAUUUAAAAAUGUGACAUACACCUCUCCCUCAGGGGGAUGGUACAGAAGGGGAGAAGCAAGAGGGCCGAAUACAAUAUAUAGGGGCUACCACCCUAAUAAGAAGAAAUAUCUGAGGAGGGGUUUCUGGACCUAAAGUGACAAACUAUUACAAGCCAAUUAUGUAUACAACAGAUUUUGUGUAAUUAUAAUAAAAUGUUAAUGUCUUACCCUGUUACACAUAGUCAGCAUUGAUAAAGGGUUAUAAAAGUUGUCAUGGAGAAUUUUCUCAUAGUGUUGCGCUCGCAGGUUCGUGUUAAAAGCAAAAUUAAUUGUUGUGUAAUGAAUUUAAAAAAGAGAGCUCGAGAGUUUGAAACCCUCUGGCCAAUCAGAGCAUGAAAUCUGAAAACAAUUUCCUAUUAUUUUUUUAAAAAAUGUGAACCCCAUUUGUUCGAUUUUACUGUGAAUGUACCCCACGUGAGGAUUUCUUUGGAAGCACAAGUGACUGUUGUUGAUGUUUUACUGCCAUAUGCCAUACCCAUAGGUUAUCUGUGCCUUAUAUUCUCAAUUUAUCUUUAUUUAUUUAUGCAUGAGGUGAUUGUUAAAUCUGAUCCAUGUGCUACAUGCGGCAAACUGAUGGGGUUUUCCCAUUUCCAACAGGGGAAGUCCUUGGAAAUGUUAUUGCAUACUCACUUUAUAUAAAAUGCAGAUGCCAGCUGCAGACAGUGACUGUGAAUCUUUGUGUGUACCUGGAUGUAACUCACUCCUCCUGUAAAUAAACACCCAGAAAACUGACAGCAAGAUGAAAUCUGUACAGUGGAACUGAACGGCAAAAGCAUGACAAGUUUUGCAUCUAGAAAACAUAUUGAAAAGUUGAUGUAAUGAAAUUAUUGCAUUUAACAUUUUUUUCCUUCACAUUAUGACAAAUAUUAAAAUUCCUUUGAACACUUGUACAAAAGAUAUAGUACCACACAAGAAGAGCAGAGGAGAGCUUUAUAUUGGCCUAAUACUGCAUUUAAAAUGUGUGCCAGAAAUUUUAUCGUCCCAGCAAGUGAAGCAAGUCUUUAAUGCUGAGUAGCAUGACUGUACCCAGAUCAUACUUAGAUGUCAACUAUUCCGAUGAAUUCUUCAUUUCUUGUGAUGUAAUUAAAAAAACAUUCUGAUGAUGUAUAUUGUAGACAAUACCCCCUGAGUGGCUUUGCCGAACCCCUGCGCCAUGCUGCAUCCUACUCUGUGUGUGUGAGAGUGUGUGUGUGUCUUCUGACGCUGUUUCCUUUGUUUGCGAGCAGUACAGAUUCAUUGCUGUCACUGUAUUUUACAAGCUGAGUUGUGUGUAUUUGUCAUGUGUGAAAUUCGCAUUGAUUUUUCUCUCCUCUUGAAUACGAUGAAAUACAAUAAAGAUGAAGAUUCAGGACUA